AUAAGUCAAUUUGGAAUGUCUAUGUGUAAAUCUGUGAAUCUUUGUUAUAAUUUUAAAUCUCCUGCUGAAAAUAGCCAGCUAUGAUGUUGUGGAUUUUAUGGGGUAUUUUUGUUUCAGUUGCUGACUGCAAUUAUAAAUGAUACAUUUUUAUUUAGUUAUGUAAUGCUCAUCUCUAGAUUUUUUUAUUUAGCGAACAGAUUUCAUUUGUAAGUUUAUAGGUUAGAUUACAAUGACUGUCGUCCGCUGUUUUCUUCUCUCACUUUGGUAAGUGGUGGGAGCUGGCUAUGAAGUAUGGUGGGAGUAGUGAGUGGAAAUUCCUUGGUGGAAUUCAUCGGCAGUUUCACAUUAGAACUGAAUAAACAUAACAAGUAUGGAAGUUGGUGAACAAAAGGAAGCAGAUAAGGUACUCAAAUCACCUGAAACAGUGGAUGAGCUACCACCAUCGGAAAUGGGAACAAAAGAGUAUUGGGAUACUAACUACAGUGUUGAAAUUGAAAACUUCAAAAAUUACGAGCUCAUUGAUGAGGGUUGGUUUGGUGGCCAUAUUGUAAGAAGAUUAAUUGGAGAAUUUGAAAUUUGUUUGAAAGACGUGAAAAAAGAUGAUCCUAUCAUAGAUCUUGGAUGUGGAAAUGGUGUGUUAUUAUUGGGUUUGGCGGAUAGAGGACACACCAACCUGACUGGCGUUGAUUAUUCAGAAAAGGCUAUUGAGUUGGCAAAGACAAUAGCUUUUACCAAAGGGGUUGCACACAUCAAAUUUCUGGUCCUUGAUAUUGUCAAUGAAGAGGUAGCAUUAAAAGAUUAUGCAGUUGUCAUUGACAAAGGUACUUAUGAUGCAAUCAGUAUUGACCCAGAAAAUGCCCGUGCUAAGAGGGAUGCAUACAAAGCUAACUUGAUGAAGCUACUUAGACCUCUUGGAAGGUUUGUGAUCUCAUCAUGUAACUGGACAAAGGAGGAGCUUUUACAUGAAUUUAAAAGUGAUUUUGAGUACAUACCGCAGGAAUUUAAAGAUGAUAAUAAAUUCCAAUUUGGAGGUAAAACUGGAUCUACGGUCACUACAGUAAUAUUCCAACUCAAAAAUAAUGAGUAUACAUAGUAGUUAAUUUUAAUAUAUAUCUUUCUAAUAAAUAA